GCCGGGGUGCUCGCUCACCAUAGGAUCUGGGGUUAUUUUGCUGCUUUUCUGCAGAACCACUUUCUUGUAUAUCUAGACGAUGCAGCCAUCGCUUCAGUCUGUUGUUUUUUCCUGUUUCCAUCAUCAUCAGCUACAACUACAACACCAUCUCCACUACAUUAUCUCUUUCUUAUACCCUCUCAACACCUCAACACUUUGUUAGGGUUUCACUUCUAUCCAACAUCAAAAAGAGUACAACCACAUCAGGUUCGACUCCAUUUCUCCUUUGUCUCUUUCUUUUGUCUUUUUCUUCUUCUCCAUUUCCUACUGUUUCUUUAGUAAAACGCGUCAAUACUAUUCACAAUGCAGAUCAAGUUCGCUCUCCUCAGCCUUCUGUCGGCUACGGGCGCCUUUGCCGAUGAUGGGCUCGAGGCCCGCAGCGACAAGAGCAAGGGAAUGGAAAAGACCAAUGGCGCCAUGUUCCGUAUCAUGCCCAUCGGUGGCGCUGCCAUCUGGGGCGAGGGCUCUUCCAAGGGCAACGGCUUCCGCAGGAAGCUCCGUGAAAAGAUCGUCGAGAAGGGCAACCCGGUCAACAUGGUCGGUAGCCGCAAGAACGGUGACUUUACCGACAAGGACAACGAGGGCUGGCCGGACCUGCUCAUCGACGAGAUCCGCGACAAGGCCAUGCGCAACGAGUCUGUUCCUCGUUUCCUCCCCAACAUCUUCCUGGUCAAUGCUGGUACCAAGGAUGCUGUCAAGGACAAGGACAUCGACAAGGCUGGUGAGCGCUACGAACGCCUCAUCAAGGACCUGCUCGACAAGUCCAAGGACUCGGUGGUCAUCGCUUCGACCCUGAUCCACCACCGCAACGGGGAUAUCGACAACCGCAUCAACAAGAUGAACGACCAGUUCAAGAAGGUCGUCGAGAAGCUCCGCAAUGACAAGAAGAAGGUCCUCCUGGUCGACAUGGCUGGAUCCAAUGGCCCUGAGACCAAGAAGGAGGCCGACCACUACAGCAACGAUGAGCAGCUCAACGACAAGGGCUAUGACAAGAUGGCCGACCUGUGGUUUAAGGGUCUCGAGGAGGCAGCCAAGGAGGGCUGGAUCAAGAAGCCCCAGUGGAGCCUGCACUGCAACGGCCCCAAGAAGCAGAGCCCCUGGGACAUGCCCUUCUUCCGCCAGUUCCCCUUCCCCGCUCCUUGGUCCCAGAACAACAACAACAACAAGGACACUUGCAACGCUCAGGACGCCAAGAAGAUCACCGAGCAGGUCAAGAAGAUCAACGAGCAGGUCAAGAAGGACAUCAUCAACGAGAGGCCGAAGUGGGCCAACGACGUCGAGAAGAAGAUCAUCGACGAGCUCAAGAAGACCAUCAGCGACCUCAAGAACCAGAUCAAGGACGAGCUCAAGAAGGACCUCAAGUGCAAGGACUCUUAAGCGGCCUCGCCUCGUCCUUUCACUUGUACCUUUCAAUCACGGAUUAUCUUUUCGUUUUCAUCUUGAUAUUAUACGCGGGCCGAUCAGCGACAUGGCUUUCACUGUAUCUUUUUAGCGUUGGCAUUUGCAAGGCGUCCUUGGGGUUUCACAUUAGGCAUGAUAGAGGGUUUUGGUUAUUGGGUUGGGUUGUAGCUGCAAUUUAGGGAAAACCCUUUAUGAUAUUAUUACUAUUAAAUUCUUCACUGAACUCGCACUAUCUUCCGCUUCCG